AUGGUGGUCAUGUCCGAACCAGUAGAAAAGAGAAGGUUUUGGCAGUCCUUUUUUGGAUUGUUCUCUCCGCAUGAAAAUAAAGAAAACAUUAACGUCCAGCUUCAAGAUUCACAUGUAUGUGAAAUGGCACAUCAAGAAAUCAUUUAUGCUGAAAUUUUGGUCCAGUGGAUAGUAACAUUCCUAGUUAUGUUUUUGUUUUUGAGUUUCUAUACAUUAGUUUAUAUGUGGAAAAAAACAUACAGAAAGCCAAAAACCUCUACUGAGAAAUAUAAACAGUUUAUGGGUGAUGAUUGUGGAAGACAAACACUAGAUGAUUCGGACAUUUCUAAUUCAAGCAUGUCUGACAUUGAAUCUGAUAGCUUGAUUAGGAAAGAAGUUAAACAGAAUCCUGUGAGACUUAUUUUUGAAAGAAAUGUUGCACAUGGUUUUUCGAUUUUCUGGAAGAAAACUAAAACAGACUUUUUCCUUAAGCAGACUGUUGACAAGUUUUUAAGUGAAUUGGACAAAAAUAUCGCAGUAGUAUCCUUAUUACAAGAAAAUUUAAAUUUUCUGAGUUCAGUUUUAAUUGAUAACCAAUCAGUCCGAGAAUCUUCUGAAACCAAAUUAGAAAAACUUUCAUUAGCCAUGCGAUCAUCAAGGAUGCAGAUGAGAAAACCGGUUAAAUCUUAUCGCAUUGGUUCAGAUACUCCACUUGAAAGUUGUGAAUUAUUUUGGUUUGAAACAGAGGCAAUGAAGCAUAGGAUGGCAUGGUCAUAUAAAAAUUAUAAGCCACAGCUGAUUGAUAUUUCAGAUCCGGAGUUGAGAAUAAUUUUGCAAGCUUUUCAGUCUUGUACAAUAGAUCCAGGGCAGCUCACUUGUGCAAUUUUUAUUGUAAACUAUGUUAUGCUUUUAAUAGAAAAAGAAAUUAGUGAACUGGAGUCCGAAUGUGGUUUCCGAUUUGUAAGAUUUAAACUGAUUGGAAGUAUGAGCAAAGGAACUAAGAUAAGUGAUGCUAGCUCUUUUGAUUUCCUAAUGCUGUUGAAAUGUACAAAAUGUUGCUUGGACCUUGCCUAUCAUAAUGGUAGUUUCGGGGAUAUUUCUCCCGGAAAUAUUUUGAUUACCGCUCAUUAUGUGAAACCACAUUUUCAAGGAAAGAAGUUUCUGAAAAAGGCCCAUAUAUGUGACAAUAUUCAUCAGGUAUUUAUCCCUUCUGAAACUAUGCUAAAUGCAAGCCUGUUAUUGGAUACAGCAUUAAAUAAUAUAAUGAACCGCAAUAAAAAAAUCAUGGACAGAAUCCCUUUUACACUAAGUCGAACAACUGAUGCAGAAUUGACAUUGGUUUUAAACACUCGUUUGUUACAAGGUCCUGGGUUUGGUAUCCCUGAAAUCUAUAUUAAAUUGACACCUGGGGUUCCCUUACAAUUUGAAAAUUCUUUACUGCUUCCAAAUAUUUAUGCCAUUGUUCCGCCUCAUUUAUACAAUGUUAAAGAUAAUAUAUUCAAGCAGCCAGAAAUAUUUGAUAUAAAUUUUGCUUGGAAAUUAUCUUUAUGUGAGCUGGAAUAUCUAUACCUGGAGAACUGGUUACAGAAGAUUGAAGAAACUGGAAUCCAAUCUUGUCUUCAUAUCUGCUUAGAAAGUUUUAAAAAUCUAUUUUCGAAUAACAGUAGCCCCACAUUUGUUAAUAGCGUUGAAAUUAAGCCAUACUAUUUGGAAACUAUAAUGUUUUUUCUCAUGUUAGAGAGCUCACCAAGUAAUUGGACUUUUGACGUUCUUCCUUUUCGAUUAUCAGAUGCAAUUCACUUCCUUCGUACAGCAGUUGAGAGGCAAUGGUUGCCAAAUUUCUUUAUUGGCAAUCCCCAUUUAUACAAAAAAUCUCCAAUCAUAAAGAAUAUACCAUUGAUAGAUUGCAGCAGACAAGAAAACUUAUUUUCCAAUAUGACUUCUGAAAUGUCAAGAAAAACUUUACUAUUUAUUGAGAGUAGAUUGAUUGAGACAGGAAUAGUUUCUUGUGUGAAAGAUGAAUAUUCAACAGAUAUGUGGGAAUAUGAAUUUUUUGUGUUCGGUUAAAAACUAAGUCAAAUUUUCGAAUUUUUUAAGGCUCAUAUUAGUAUUAUUUGACCUUUGACCAGAACAAAAGUCAUUGUGCUUGACGAGAUCUAUUCAAAAAAGUAUUGUGCGAUGUUUAUUUCCAGUUUUACAGCUAUUAUAAAGAUCAAAUUUUUACUACCGAAUGUUAUCGAAUUAAUGCGUCUUUGUAAUAUUGAAUAGAUGAUAACAGAUAUAAUAAAAAAAAAAAUUGGGGUGGGCGCGCCACAUCCGGGUUAGAUUCACAUUUACCUAACCUGAUUGAAUUUUUUUAUAAUUUGCAAAGUAUGCAUUUGUCAACCUUUAAACUUUGCAUCAAAAUAGGACAAUACUUUGGCCAGUUCCUGAUAAAGACACGGUUGUCUGGGCUUUAUAUUUCAAAAAGGUUUUAUAAUUUAAAAAAAAAAUUUUUUUUACUUUGAAAUGGAUGACCUUGAUUUACGAUAUCUAUUUAUAUUUAUUUGAUCUUUGACGUAUACUUUUAGAGCUGUUUGAAAACAACAAUUUUCAAAUAUUCUAUAUUAUUUGACCUUUGUUGACCUCUUGAUCAUAACAAAAGUUAUUGUGCUUGACGAGAUUUAUCUCUGUAUAUAUCAUGAACACAAUAGAGACUACAGUUUUCACCAGAUUUUAAUGAAAAUUUUUGUGAUCAUUUAUCAUGAUCAGAUCUUGGUUAAGUUCGAAUUUAACGAUUUUUCAAUGAACGGUUAGAUUUUUUGAUGGAAUCAAAUGAAAUUCGGUAUGUGUAUACAUAUUCAUAAAACGAAGAU